AUGCAACCGGUCCAACCUAUUGCAGAAGGAUAACGCACAAGAACCAUUUAUACUUUAAUUAAGGACUAGAAAUAUAAAGAUGCCAUCAAUUAUUUGAACUACGAAUUACAAUUUUGUCCGAAAAGCAGAGCUCUUUCCCUCUUGGCAUAUUGUCAUUAUAUGAAUCAAGAUUUCUCCCAAGCUGUGGCAAUUUAUGAACAAUUAGUCAAGUAUUAUCCAGAAAUUGAUGACUACAAAAUCUAUUUGGCCUAAGCGUAUUACAAAGAUAGUUUAUAUGACGAGGCACUCAAAACUUGUGCUUCUGUUGAAAACCCUCAAUAUUAGGGUAAAAUCUUGUAGCUCCAAGCCUUGAUUCGAUACGAGAAGAAUGAGUUCCAGCAUGCCAAAACCUUACUCAAAUAAAAUGACAUGGAUGACCCUGAUUCAAUAAUCAACGAGGCUUGCAUUCUGUACAAAGAGAACAAAUUUGAAGAGGCUAGACAAAGAUUUCAAGAUGCAAUGAAUCUGACAGGCUAUUCAUGUGAAUUGUCAUACAACAUUGCACUUUGCUAUUAUAAAUAAAAGUAAUUGGCAUAGUCAUUGAAAUUCAUUGCAGAAAUUAUUGAAAGGGGAGUUAGAGAGCAUCCUCAAUUGGGUGUUGGAUCAAAUGCGGAAGGAAUUGAAGUCAAAAGUGUUGGAAAUUCAUAAGCAUUGAAGGAGUCAGCCCUUAUCGAAGCCUUUAAUUUGAAGGCUGCUAUUGAAUAUUCAAUUAAAAACUAUGCAGCUGCCAAAGAAGCUCUAAUCGAUAUGCCUCCAAGAGAAGAAGAUGAAUUAGAUCCAGUCUCUUUGAUGAAUCAAGCUUUGAUGAAUAUUGAAGAGAAAACAGCUGAAGGAUUCAAAAAGUUGAACCAUUUAUUAUAGAAUCCUCCAUUUCCACCUGAGACCUUUUCAAACUUAUUACUAUUGUAUUGCAAAUACGGAUAUUUUGAUAUGGCUGCAGACAUCUUAGCAGAGAAUGCUGAUCUCACAUUUAACACCAUCAGUCAAGACGAUUUUGAAUUUGUCGAUGCUCUAAUCUUAACAGCCAGUAGUCCAGAGGAAUCAUUCAGGAAAUUCUAAUUAUUAGCUAAUAAGCACAUUGACACUCUAAGGAGAAUUACAAAAUCUAUUUAAGAUGCUAGACUAAAUAGAGACAAUGAGGGUAUCAAGAAAUCAUUGAAGGAGUUUGAUGAAUGUCUUGAGAAAUACAUUCCUGUGUUGAUGGCUUAAGCCAAAAUCUAUUGGGAUAAGGAUAAUUAUUAACAAGUUGAAAAGCUAUUUCGAUAGUCAGCAGAGUUUUGUGCUGAUCACGAGGUUUGGAAAUUGAAUGUCGCUCAUGUGUUUUUUGUUUAAGAUAAUAAAUAUAGAGAGGCUAUUAGAUAUUAUGAACCAAUUGUUAAGAAAAAUAAUGAUAAUUUACUAUCAUUAACUGCUAUUGUUAUUGCUAAUUUAUGUGUCAGUUACAUUAUGGUUAAUUAAAAUGAGGAUGCUGAAGAAUUGAUGCGAAAAUUAGAGGCUGAGGAAUAAAAAUCACAAUACUAGGAGCCUGAAAAAUCUGUUUAUCAUCUUUGCAUCGUCAAUUUAGUUAUUGGAACACUGUAUUGUUCAAAAAACAAUUAUGAGUUUGGAGUGUCUAGAGUAAUCAAGUCAUUGGAACCUUAUAAUAAAAAAAUUAACACAGACACCUGGUAUUACGCAAAGCGAUGUUUUCUUGCACUUAUUGAAGUCUUGGCAAAACAUAUGAUCAUAUUAAAAGAUACCUCUUACACGUGA